GGGGGGCCGAGCUGAAAGGGGAGCAGAUUUGAUUUGGACUAAAUUUGGACCAUCUGGCCCAAGCGGACCAGAUCAGGCUACAGUUAAACAUGGAGACCGUGGCAGGCCACCGCAGAGAGCCUUGCGUCGAGAUAUUACAGAGAAGAAUGCGAAGUUUGUUCUCAGUGACGCUGCUGCUGCUCCUGGCCCUGACGCUCACCACCGAGGCCAGCAAAAGAGCCAAAGGUCACAAAGGUGGUAAACUGGAUAAAUCCCGGCCCGCUUCAGAGUGCUCCGCUGCAGAGACCCAGUACGGGAAAUGCGUGCCAGAACAGGGAGACUGUGGAGACGGUCUGAGAGACGUCACCUGCAAAGACCGCACCAACAAGAUUAACUGCAAGAUCCCCUGCAACUGGAAGAAGGACAUCAGUGACUGCAAGUAUAAGUUCAGCUCGUGGGGCCCCUGCGACGCCGACACCAACACCAAGAGCCGAUCAGGGACGCUGAAGCGAGUGCUGUUCAACGCCGAGUGUCAAGCCACCGUCAAGGUGUCCAAACCCUGCGCCCCCAAAGUCAAGAAAACCAGAGGGGACAAGAGAUCAAACUAAAGGAUGAACAGAGAUGCAGAAGGCGGCAGGAUUCCCUUCUCUUCCUCCAGCUGAACAAUCGUCUUCCCUCCUUCAUCAAACACAAAACAACCGAGAGACUCCUCCAAAACACACCAACCACCUUUGCUUUUUGGCCUCCUUAUUGUCGUUUUACUGAUUCUGAUUUGAUGUUCUUGUGUUUAUUUGGAAGUGUGGAAAGCUUUUCCAGAAUCCUCCCACUAGAUAAUAAUGAAUAACACUGUCCUGGUAGCCGAUAGCUUGUUUUAACAGUAAAUGUCAGAUAGUCCUAAAAGCUUUUAAAGUAGCUGAAGUUAAAUUAAUGUUCUGAUCCGGUCUCCUCGAUGAUCCGGGACGUCAGUCGCUGGAUUAUAAAGAGUUCUGUUUUUACACGAGUUUAGAAUCACCUUUAAGAUAUGGAAACAAAAAUUAGAAAGGCUUGGAUGGAUCUGUACUGGCAAAACCCUCUAUAAAAUAUAUUUUUGAACUAUAGAUUAAUGAUGUUGCAAGAUGAGACUUGUAUAAAUGAACAAAUUAAAUACUGUACAUUGUUUUGGAGAAGA